AUGAAAGACUUUUAUUUUGGUGUGGCAGUGACGUCAUAAGGCUGCGCCGCUCUCCCGUGUUUGGGAUUCAACAGCAGAAAAAACUCCCGCUGAAGCGACUAACCUCCACGCUAUUUUAAAGAUGGCGUUAAUUAAAGAGGAGAGCGAAGACCUAAAGAUUGAUGAAACAUUCACAGUCAAACAGGAAGAUCCAGAGGAACAAACAGACGUGUUGGUGCUAAAACAAGAGCAAGAGCUGAAGGAAAUAGAAGAGAAAGACCAGUCAUUACAUACGGAAGAUAAAUACACCCCAAAUGAAGAGACUUCAUUACUUAACAAUCCUAAGGAAACCAAACUUAAACAUUAUCAUUGUCAACACUGUGGGAAGAUUUACAGGAAAAAAACAAGCUUUACCAUCCACAUGAGAGUUCACACCGGAGAGAGACCUUUUACCUGCCAACAGUGUGGAAAAGCUUUCAGACAAAAGUCAAACCUCGCUGGUCACAUCAGACUUCACACCGGAGAGAAACCUUACAAAUGCCAACACUGUGGAAAGGGUUUUCCUCAAAAACAUGAUCUUAACAAUCACACGAGAAUUCACACCGGAGAGAAACCUUUCACAUGCCAACAAUGCGGAAUGAGUUUCCGUAUAAAACAGAAAUUAUGUUGUCACAUGAGAGUUCACACCGGAGAGAAACCGUACACCUGCCGUCAGUGCGGGAAGAGCUUCGCUCGAAAUUCAACGCUUAGUCACCACACGAGAGUGCACACCGGAGAGAAGCCUUUCACCUGCGAACAGUGCGGAAAGAGUUUUUCCUAUAAACAUAGGCUUAAAAUCCACAUGAGAGUUCACACCGGAGAGAGGCCUUACAAAUGCUCAGUGUGUGACAAGAGUUUCAUUCAGAAACUGAAUCUUGACAUUCACACGAGAGUUCACACUGGAGAGAAACCGUUCAUAUGCUCGCAAUGUGGACACUCUUUCACUCAAAAAGGAAGUCUUGAUUUCCACAUUAAAAGUAUUCACGGCGCCGGUCGGAAACAAAAAACCAAAGUCCAACGCAAGACCUAAGUGGUUUCGGCUUAUCCCAGGGGUGUCCAAACUUGGUCCUGGAGGGCCGGUGUCCUGCAUAGUUUAGCUCCAACUUCCUUCAACGCACCUCUCUGGAAGUGUCUAGUAUUCCUAGAAAGAGACUGAUUACCUGUGUUGGAACUCACUGGCAUAUUGCAGAGCUAAAAACCUGUCCGAAUCGGAAAUCUCAGCCAUUUAGAAUUGGCUCAAGGGCUUAUACCAGGGGUCACCAAUUUCGGUCCUGAAAGAGCUCCAACAGGUCUUCUAGUAUAUCUAGUUAGAGCUUAAUAAGCUGGUUCAUGUCUGUUUUUUUAUUUAAUUUUUUUGAUAAGUAUAUUUAUUGACAAUAUACAUAACAUUGUGUAGAAUGUGGAAUUACAAGGAAUAUCAGGACUUUUUUUUUUUAACAAUUAGCAAAGACAAAUAAUAAUGACAAAAAAUAAAUAAAUAAAUUUAAAAAAUAAAAAAUACAAGUACACCCCCCCAUCCAUACAAGGUAUAAUUGUCACAAAUGUUGUCACUCAUUGUGAUGUUACGUAAGAAAGUUGCAAUGGUUGAUGAUAAUAAUAAAUAAAAACAGUAAUGUC